AUGCAUAUCAAGAAAGCCUUAACGUUGAUUGCUGGCGCAGUUACUGCGGCUUCAUGCUGGAGCAAUGAGGUGCCCGCCAAGCGAUCGUAUAUGUAUGUCGGAGGACAGUACAUGUUGAACAGUGCCGGCCAACAUGUCUUCACGGACCAGAUGUACGUGGAGAAGUUGACACCGGCCGAGGGUGCGACCAAGCCCCAUCCGAUUGUCUUUAUCCACGGACAAGCCCAAACCGGCACUAACUGGCUGAACAAGCCUGACGGAGGAGAAGGCUGGGCCUCAUACUACAUUUCUCAAGGAUAUGAAUGCUAUAUCAUUGACCAAACCUUCCGCGGCCGUAGUGCUUGGUUCCCUGGAAAUGGAACACUGAGCACCUACAGCGCCGAGGUCUUGCAGCAGCGCUUCACCGCGGCAAAGCAAUACAACCUCUGGCCGCAGUCGUCCCUGCACACCCAGUGGAAUGGCACAGGUGUCAUGGGAGACGCCAAUUUCGAUACUUACUACGCUUCAACCGUUGAGUUCCUGGCUUCAGCAACCUCCCAGGAGUCGACCGUCCAAGCCGCCGGUGUCGAGCUGCUCGACAUCAUCGGUUCCCCCGCCAUUCUGCUCUCCCACUCCCAGGGCGGAGUUAUGCCCUGGCUCAUUGCCGACGUGCGCCCGGAGCUUGUCCACUCUAUCGUCUCAAUCGAGCCUACUGGCCCUCCCUUCCAGGACGCCAUCUUCAGUAACUCUAGUACACGUCCCUACGGACUUACUGACAUCCCUAUGACUUACUCGCCCGCUAUUGCCCACCCGGGCGAGCUUGUGAAGCACGUUAUCCGCUCCAACUCGUCGAUGUACUCCAACUGCGUGAUCCAGGCCGAUUCUCCCGCACCCAGAAAGCUUGUGAAUCUCGCCAAGGUGCCUGUCCUUGUCAUGACAACUGAGUCAUCCUACCAUGCGCCCUACGACUGGUGCACAGUGCAGUUCCUGAAACAGGCUGGUGUUUCGGUGGAACAUCUCCAGCUGGCAGACAUCGGUAUCCAUGGAAAUGGACACCUGGUGUUUAUGGAGAAGAAUAGCCAGGAAGUUGCCGCUGUCCUGCAGAAGUGGAUGGAGCGGAAGUAA